AUGGGGCUUGGAGAGUUUAUGUAUGGCCUUGAUGCCUUCAGACAACCUUCUGCACCAUCCGAUUUCAAUAACAUUCCUUUGAUAAACAAUCUACGAAAAGAGCUUCUGCAAAGCAAGACAAGCAGAAAAGGGAAACCGGUGAGUUGGAACAUUGAUAAAGAUACCAAGAGACGGAUCAAGCCUGGGAAGAGAUUGAUUCCUCUUGCGGCGUAUACUUGCCAUAGUGAGAAACCUUUAAUUGCCAAUAAUGACGGAGAUGUGUCUGAUUCCAAUACCAUUAACAUUCUAGAUAAAUCGACACUAUUGCUGAUAAGAUCUCUUGGCUACUCAAGUUUGCGACCUAUUGGCAUUGAUAAAACCCUAAAAGAGAUCGAAAAGGAGAAGGGAAGUAAACAGAACAAGCAACAAAAUGAACACAAUUCAGGGCAAGAACCAAUACUUAAUGCCUACCAAACUUCCUCUUCAUUUAUUGUGUCAAAUCAUAAUCAUCAACAUACAGAACAAUCGGUACUGCUGACAGCACAAGUUGGUGAACAAUCUGAAGAAGAGUACGAUCAAAGUUAUGAUUACGAUAACGAGUAUGCGGAAGUUCACGAACAAGGAUCUAUGCUCGACAGAACGAGAGGUACGUUUGUUGAGGAUUCACAAUUAAUUGAUACAAGUUAUACCAACCGGUCAAGAUCCAGGCAUUCAAAUGUGGAUGCACUGCCAUUUGUAAAUGAAAAUGAGGAUUCGGUCCAUGAACAGCCAUCGUUGACCAUAUCUGAUACUCUAGACUCCGGUGCUCAAGGUUCACGAGUAUCUAGCCUCACCUAA